GCUACGCUCUAUGACGGUAUGUGCCUGGGCAUCUUUUUGAAAUCCAGGGAAGAAUGGGAGCGCGGCCUUCUACGCGGUAAUGUUCUACCGAUCGAUCGAUCGCGAUGGCGCGGGCGAGGAUCUGAGUGAUUCGCACUCGCGGAUCGUUCGAUCGGCCCGGGAUUAUGGCGGUAGCGUCGUCGCUCUCUCACGGAGGCCAGUAUUUCCUGGGGAGGAUCUUGAUCGCAGCGCCAGCAGCAGCGUCAUCGGUGAAUGCGAUCACGCUCUACCGCCACCAGCUCGUGAAUUGCCGCAGAUUGGUGGAAGGGCGAUCGAUCCACGCCGAUCUUGUGAGGGACGGGCUAGACAGAGACGAGUUCUUGGCGAGCUAUGUGAUUCACAUGUAUCUCCGGCUUGGCAGUCUCUACGACGCGCGGCAGCUCCUCUGCCAGUUCGAUCUCGACGACGCCGGGCUAUGGACAACGAUGAUCUCGGCAUUUGCCCAGCGCGGGCAACACCGCGAGGCGCUCGAUCUCUUCCAUGCGAUGCAGCAGUGCGGGGUUCUUCCCACCAGGAUCACCUUCGCGGCGGCCGUAAAUCUCUGCGUCGCGCUCGGAGACGCGAUCCAGGGCCGGAGGAUCUUCGACCGAGCCACAGAGCGAGGGUUUGGAGGCGACCUCGUGCUCGCCAAUUCCCUCCUCAAUCUCUACGCCACGGCCGGGGGAUUCUUGCGCGAGGCCAUGGAUUUCUUUGCGGUGAUGGAGUCCCAGGAUGGAAUUUCCUGGACGACGCUGAUGAAGGCUUGCAAUCGUGAGCGGCAGUGGAAGAUCUCGCUGAGGCUCUUCUGGCAGAUGCAACAGGAUGGAUCAUCGCGGCCGGACAAGACGAGCUUCGUGGUUGCGAUCUCGGCGUGUAGCGAAACGCUGGAUCUAGAGCGGGGAAAAUCCAUCCACGCGAGCUUCGCGGGGGUCAACGAGAUCGAGACCGAUGUGGCCGUGGCGUCAACGCUCGUCAACAUGUAUAACAAGUGUGGAGAUCUCGCCCAGGCCUGCCGGAUUUUCGCGAGAAUACCCGAGAAGAGCUUGGUCACCUGGAACAUCAUGAUCGCGGCCUACAUCCACCAUGGAUUCCCAACCAAAUCACUCCAGCUCCUCGAUCAAAUGCAGCUGGAAGGCAUUCGCCCACAAAAGGUGACUUUCAUCAACAGCCUCAAUGGCUGCUCGAUCUUGGGCAAGCUGCGACCAGGCAAAACCAUCCAUUCCUGCGCUGCCGAGCAACGAUUGAUCGAUCGAGACGUAGUUCUCUCCACCGCGCUUAUCACCAUGUACAGCAAGUGUGGCAGCGUCGACGAGGCGAGAAAGAUCUUCGAUUCCAUGGCUGGGGACGUUAAGAACACAAUCUCCUGGAACGCGAUGCUGGCGGGCUACGCCCAGAAUUCCCGAUCCAGCGACGCGAUCCAGCUCUUCCGAUCCAUGGACCUGGAGGCGCAGUGUGAUCCAAAUUCCACCACCUUCGCGACGCUGCUGGAUGCUUGCGGGGAGAUCGCGGCGCUGCGAGAGGGAGAGGCAGCGCACGAUCGAAUCAUCGCGACUGGGCUCUCGAUCAACCUCGUGCUGGGCACUGCGAUCGUGAGGAUGUAUAGCAAGUGUGGCCGGAUCGAUCGAGCGCGCGAGCUCUUCGAUCGGAUCCGCGAUGAUCGAGGCAAGGAGGAGGAUGUGGUGCUGUGGACGACGAUGCUGGGGGGCUACUCCGAUCGUGGCGAUCACGCCGCGGCGCUGGAGCUCUUCCGGGAGAUGAGGAUCAAGCCCGACGCCAUCGCGUUUGUCGCGGCGGUUGACGCUUGCGCGAAUGCCGGAAGCAUUCGUGAUGGCGAGGAGAUCUUGGCUCGAAUCCGCGGCUGUGGCUGCGAGAGCGACGAUCGCGUGGGCACCGCGCUGUGCUACAUGUUCGCCCAGUUUGGCCUCUUGGAUCGCGCAUCACAGAUCUUCGAUCGAUUGGAGAGCAAGAGCGCGAUCUCCUGGAACGCGAUGCUGGGCGCGAUGGCGGCGCAGGGGCUGGCUAUCGAGGCGAUGGAGCUCUUCCGGCGGAUGCUGGGCGAGGGAUCGCGGCCAGACGAGAUCACAUUCGCGGCGAUGCUGGAUUGCUUUGUGGGGCAGAGCUCGCUGGGCGAGGGGCGAUUCGUGCACGGCCUGAUCAACGAGAGUGGGAGAGAUCGCGGUGUGUUCUUGGGCACCGCGCUCCUCAACAUGUAUGGGAAAUGCGGCAGCCUCGCCGAUUCCAUCGCCAUCUUCGCCAAUCUCUCCCAUCGCAAUACGAUCUCUUGGAACGCGCUCAUCGCCGCGCACGCGAGCAAUGGCCGAUUCCUCGAGAGCCUGGAUCUCUUCCAGGAGCUCCAGAACGAAGGAUUCCUGGCCAACACGAUCACGUUCCAGAGCGUGAUCGCGGCGUGCGGCCACGCCGGGCUCGCCGAUCGAGGCUGCGAUUACAUGGUGCUCAUGAUCGAGGACCACGGGAUUGUGCCGCUGCCGGAGCACUACGGGUGUAUGAUCGAUCUGCUGGGCCGCGCGGGAUGGCUGGGCGAGGCCGAGGAUCUGGUGCUGCGAACGCCCCAAGAGGAGAGGGCUUUCAAUGGAAUGGCGCUGCUCAGCUCGUGUAGAACUCACGGCGAUUUCGAGAGAGGGAGGCGCGUCGCGCAAAUGCUGAUGAAGAUCGCGCCCGGCCGCACGGGCGCCUACGCAUUGCUCUCUAACAUCUACGCUGGAGCCCGCUAGCCCUAACCCUAAUCCUCCCAAUUCUUGGCGCCAAUUUUUUAAUUGCCCUAGUUUGGCGAGAAACUUUUUCUAUUCUAGACCUUUAAAAGGU